AUGACCGUCCAUCAUUCGACGGCGCUACUCGUAGCGGCGAUGGCGGCUCUUCUCCUCUGCCCGGCAGCACUGCCAGCGGCAGCAGACGCGUCCGUCAAGUUCCGCUCUUCCCGCCGCCUCACAGCCCCCCAGAGCCUCGGUCUGCUGACCGAUCUGCACUCAUGGUUUCGUGGCGGAACGACCGCGGGUGCGCAGCAAGACCGCUUGCUGGUCGAGAAACCCGGCGCAGGGGCAAGCGGCGUAGGUGGCGCAGGCCAAUCAUCCACCAACGGCGGAGGUAGCGGAGGGAAACACCAAGGGUCCACCGGCGCAGGCUCGGCCACCGACAACGGCACUGGCGCCGGCGGCGUUGACGGCGGCAGCGGCGGCCAAAGGCCCGCCUCCGGCGCAGCCGAAGCACCCACCAGCGGCGCAGGCGGCGGAGGCAACAACCAAGGAAACCCCGACCCCAGCGCAGGCGACGGAGGCAACAACCAAGGAAACCCCGACCCCAGCGCAGGCGGCGGAGGCAACAACCAAGGAAACCCCGACACCAGCGCAAGCGGCGCCCACGGCGCAGGCUCCGGCCAAGCACCCUCUGACGCCGGCGAUGGCGUAAGCGGCGGCCAAGGACCCGCCUCCGACGCAGCUGAAGCACCCUCCAGCGGCGGAGGCACCGGAGCGGCGCACCGCGGGCACACCGGCAGCGCAGGUGGCGGAGGCGCCAACCAAGGACCCCCCGACACCAGCGCAGGCGACGCCCACGGAUCCGCUGAAGCCGACGCUGGCGGUGCGGGCGCAGGCGAAGGUCAUCCCAGCGCCGGCGGUGGAGGCGACGCAGGCGGCACAGAUACCCCAGCCGGCGGCAAAGCACCCGCCGACACGGCCGGCCCAGGCGCCAACCAAGGGCACACCAACGCCGGCCAGCCUGCCGUUGUGUCGCAUGGCGGUGGAAAUCGCGCGGAGCCAUCGUCGGGAGUGCGCAUGCGGGACAUGGUGAUGGCGCUGGUGGCAGAGAGCGUGGAGGAGGCAGCGGGGAUGAUAUCGAGCGGCGGCGAGGACGUGAAUCUGCCGCGCAUCCACCUCUCCAACGCCGUCACGCUCGCGCUCGACUGCGCCGAGGGAUUCGACCUCUUCGCGCCGGGCAGCUCCCAAGACGCCCGCGUCAACGCCCUCCAGGAGGCAGCAAUGGAAGCUCGUGCGUCAGUGAUGGAGGCGCUGGGGCGAGCAGCGGAAAUGGCGGCCAUGAUCGCAGCAGGCGACGACAGCGCUGCUGCCGCCGCUGCCGCGCCCUCGCCCUCGCCCUCUCGCCGCUGCCUGCUGCAAGCCACCGGUGCGACCAACGGUGGUGGAGGCCCCGCCGCCACCGGCGCAGGCACUGCCACUGCUGUCACGGUGGCCAACCCCCACAACUCCAUUCCCGACAACAUACAUGGCAGAGGCAACACCAAGAAAAACAACUCCAGUGACUCAACACCAGCCUCCCCGCCUCCUUCUCCGCCACCCUCUCCCCCUCCCCCUUCGCCACCCCCUCCCUCCCCUCCUCCCUCUCCCCCUCCCCCUUCGCCACCCCCUCCCUCCCCUCCUCCUUCUCCCCCUCCCCCUUCGCCUCCCCCUCCUUCCCCUCCUCCCCCUUCUCCUCCUCCUCCCUCCCCUCCUCCUUCUCCCCCUCCCCCUUCGCCUCCUCCUCCUUCCCCUCCUCCCCCUUCGCCACCCCCUCCAUCCCCUCCUCCGUCUCCUCCUCCCCCUUCGCCUCCCCUUCCUUCCCCUCCUCCCCCUUCUCCUCCCACUCCCUCCCCUCCUCCGUCUCCCCCUCCCCCUUCGCCUCCCCCUCCCUCCCCUCCUCCGUCUCCCCCUCCCCCUUCGCCUCCCCCUCCCUCCCUUCCUCCGUCUCCCCCUCCCCCUUCGCCUCCCCCUCCCUCCCCUCCCCCUUCCCCCCCUCUUCCUCCCCCCUCCCCACCUCCUUCACUUCCUCCAUCCCCACCUAUGCCGCCUCCCUCACCUCCGCCGUCCCCUCCCCCGUCCCCGCCCCCAUCUCCGCCACCCCCCGCAUCGCCCACUCCGCGCAUCAACCCCACGGUCACCGUGGCACAGGAUGGUUCCGGGAACUUCACCACCGUGCAGGAUGCAAUCAAGGCGUACCCGGUGGGCUUCAAGGGGCGCUAUGUGGUGUUUAUCAAGCCGGGCCUUUACCGUGAGAAGGUGCUCGUCAACUCCACCUGCAAGAACGUCACGUUCCUGGGGGUCAGUGCCCCCUCCACUGUCAUCUCGUGGUACGACAACGCCACUGCCGGCACGAGUACCUUCCAGACCCACACCGUUGCUGUGGAGGCGAGUGACUUUGCGGCCAUCGGCAUUCGCUUUGAGAACACGGCGGGCAAGGCUGGAAGCCAGGCAGUGGCGUUCAGGCAGACGGGCGACAACGCAGCAUUCUACGAGUGCGAGUUCAUCGGCUGGCAAGAUACACUCUACGUGCACGGCGGGCGGCAGUACUACCGCAACUGCUAUGUGAAUGGGACAGUAGACUUCGUUUUUGGCAACGGUGCAACUGUGAAUACAAAUGGCUGGCUGGACUGGGGGGGUAUAGUGUACAAUACUUCUACGUUCAUAGAGCAGGGAAACAGUGGGCCGGGGUCGGUGGGGCCGCGCAUAGCGUGGGCACUGCCGAGCAUCGUGACUGACCCUGCCCAGGUCGCCAUGUACUACCCCAACACCUUCCUCGCCCCCUUCUCCUCCAUCGCCAACCUCAUUCCCUUCCCCUGGCUCUAA